AUGCGAGAACAUAGCCCCGACUCCCGCACACUUUUCGGUGGUGAUGGGCGCUGGAAUGGUGAAGACUGGACAGCAAGCGAUGAUCGGGUGCGCGGUGGCGCCUCCCAGGUGGGUUCAGUCCUUGCCAUUGCGACUUACGGGGAACCUCACAAACACCGUGCUACCUUUCAUGGCAACCUAGACACGCAAACGCUGGGUGGCGCAGGCUUUGCAUCCCACCGGACCGUUGAACCGCUGCACCUCGAUCUUUCCGACUACGACGGGCUUGAACUUGUGCUGGAUCCCACGGUGUCUGACAACAGAAAGUACACGUUCAUUUUCAAAGACGAAAUCCUGCCCCGCAAUCCGCUAAAUGGCCGCGAGCAGUCAACCCUCUCCUGGGAGUUCGACUUUGAAGUGCCUAAGGCCUCCACCUGCGGAAGUCAGGAGCACGCCGUAACGUUAUUUGUUCCUUGGCAGCGCUUUACUGCCACGUACAGGGGGAAACCGAAAAAGGAUGCCAAGGGCCCUGACCUGUCGAAGAUCGAGAGGCUCAGCAUCAUGAUGCGAAGGUUGUCCACGUGUCCACUUGGUGAGCACCACGACUGA